UCCGACCGCAUCCCUAUCGCCAACCGCCAACACUUGUCGAACACAGCACCGUCGACAAGAUGCCUACCCGUCUCUCUAAGACAAGGAAGCACCGCGGUCAUGUAUCCGCCGGUUACGGUCGUAUCGGAAAGCACCGUAAGCACCCCGGUGGUCGUGGUAUGGCCGGUGGUCAGCACCACCAUCGCACCAACCUCGACAAGUACCACCCUGGUUACUUCGGUAAGGUCGGUAUGAGGUACUUCCACAAGACCCAGCAACAGUUCUGGAAGCCCACAAUCAACGUCGACAAGCUGUGGUCCCUCGUUCCCGCCGAGCAGCGUGAUGCCUACAUUAGCGGCCAGAAGACCGACACUGCCCCCGUCAUUGACCUUCUCUCCCUCGGUUACUCCAAGGUUCUCGGCAAGGGCCGUCUUCCUGAAGUCCCCAUCGUUGUUCGCGCCCGGUACGUCAGCCGUGAUGCUGAGCAGAAGAUCAAGGAGGCUGGUGGUGUUGUCGAGCUAGUUGCAUAGAUUAUCAUGAAGGGAAAACGUCUUUUUGUCUUGGAGGCGCAACGCAAAAGCUAAAGCCGGUGCUGCGCUGAUAAUGGGCCGGCGAAGAUAGACGAGUGUCAUAUUCUAAGGCCUCGACUAUGGGAGCCGCGGAUCGGUCAGACGGAUCCGUGUAUCUACAAAACAAGGGUUCAAUUUUUUUUCUCUUUGUGUUUGUGAUGAUCAUAACCUCCGGACGCUCUUAACGAUCACAUUUACCAAUAAAAUACCUUGAGAGAACUUCUACUAGUUUCUCACGCAGCCACUCAACGCCCUCCAACUGGGUGCUUGGCUAUCAAAAAAAAAUGCUAGCAAUCAAGUUAAAGAUCGUUUCCGC